AUAACAGAGAAACAGAAGCUCUGAAUUCUGCCAAAAAUGCAUACAGACGGGGGGAGAUUAAUUCAUGCUCGUCAAGACAACUUAUUAGCCAUCACCGUGCACUGACAUUGACUGAGCGCGGUUGAAAUGCAGAUGCGACACAGAACCAACAAUUUGGCUACAGAAAGGCAACUCAUGAGAGAGAUUAAGGAAACCCAACAGAGUGAGGCUGUUGACUCAUUUUCGCCGGUUAGAGAAUUCAGUAAUAUGUAUCGCCCAAUGCAAUCCCAAACCAACAAUAAAGAUAGGGACAAGAAGAUCCUCAAUGAGAUCCAACAGAUUCAAUGGGCGGGGAAGAAAGCCAUUGUAUAUGCUAUUCAAAACCGAGAAAUUCGGAGCCCGUUAGGUUCAAGAAAAGCUAUUCAAGUCCAAUUUGGACUUAUAGCGAUACACAAGAAAAUCAGACAUGCUCAGCAAGAUUUGAAGGCUCUAGAAAAAGAUAUAGACUGUAAUAUGGUUCAAAUUUCGAAUUUACAGCUGAAACAGAGACAAGUGGAACGGUACAUUAAAUUUGAACUGAUGUUAGAAAAGGCUCAAAAUGAGGCGAAUAACAGAUAUAACAGAUACGUUUCAGUGAUGAGUAAUGCCAAAGAACUUGCAGAAAAGAAAGAUGUAAAAGGCCUUAAAGAACUGUCACUCCGAGAGGUUGAUACAUUCAUGUCUGAGUGGAACAGAAUCAAAGAGUUGCAGCUUAAUUAUAAGAAAAGCACUUUAGAAUCACUUAACAACCGUGAAUUGAGUUGGGAUGGACGGAUGAGGAACCUGAAUGAGGAACCAAUAGUUCUGGAGACUCAAAGAUACUUGAAGCAGAGUAGCUGUAUAGAUUGCCGCACAAGAGGAUGGCAUUGUAGUGGUUGCAUAUUCAAUCCCAUUGAACCAUCCAGGCCAAAAGAUAAUAAGAAGAAGAGUGCAAGAAACCGUUGA